CGCGGCGCUAAUUGGCGCUCUCAGCUCGAGCCAGCAGCCACGAGCGCCACAGACGCGGAGACCUCAGCCAAAUUCACAGUCCAGUCCCACUCAGAGAACCGUUCUUUAGUCUUUUUAUUUGUUUUCGUUUUAUGUGUCUCCCCUCAUUAAGUUGAAGAGAGCUUAGUUUAGGAACAGUGGACACUUGAAGUCAUUUCAAGCAUGACUUUGGAUAAUAACGGAUCUUGAAGUAUCAAACUGCGCUUCCGACUUCCAGAAAAUAAGACAGACACCAGCUCUCACAGGUCCACAGCAGAACGCUCCUCUCCCAUCAUGAAGUCUGCCGAGGAACCAGACAAACAGAGACAGAGGAGCAGACAUCAACAUCUCCAGAUGGGGGUCAGGAUGGGGUGGUUCUCCAGUUUCUGGUGGUGUACAUUUGUGAUGCUCUUCUUCUCUCUGCCGGAGGUGAAGUCUAUGAAGGAGAGCAUGCCAAGAGUUAAACUCAGCUACAAAGAGCUGAUCCAUUCUCGAAGCGUGGUGCCGUUUGUGGGUUCCAGCGAGGGACAGCGGUUUCAGACUGUCCUAUUGGAUGAAGAAAAAAGCAGAUUACUGCUGGGAGCCAAAGACCACAUCUACCUACUGGACCCAGACAACAUCAAUAAACACCCCAAAAAGCUGAGCUGGCCAGCUCCAAGAGAUAGGGUGGAUAUAUGUAUACUGGCUGGCAAAAACCCUCUCACCGAAUGUGCUAAUUUCAUUCGAGUUUUGCACAUCUAUAACCGGACCCAUAUCUACACCUGUGGAACUGGAGCAUUCCAUCCCACCUGUGCUUUCUUAGAGGUCAAAGGUCACAAAGAGGACACCUGGUUGCACAUUCACAGCAACACUGUGGAAUCCGGCCGAAUGAAAUGCCCUUUUGAUCCGCACCAGCCUUUUGCUUCAGUACUCACAGAUCAUUAUCUCUAUGCUGGCACAACGUCUGAUUUCCUGGGCAAGGACAGCAUGUUUAGCCGCUCUCUUGGCCCGCCCCCAGAUCAGCAUUACAUUCGCACAGACAUCUCUGAGGACUACUGGAUCAACGAGGGCAAGUUUAUAUCCGCUCAUCCCAUCGCAGACACCUACAACCCUGACGAUGAUAAGAUUUACUUCUUUUUCCGCGAGGCAUCUCGUGAUGGGAGCACUAAGGACAAGACCGUGCUGUCUCGUGUUGCCCGGAUCUGCCAGAAUGAUGUUGGAGGUUUGAGAAGUCUUACAAACAAGUGGACAACAUUCCUCAAAGCAAGACUUGUAUGCUCCAUUCCUGGACCAGAUGGAGUGGACACACACUUUGAUGAGCUACAGGACAUCUUUCUCCUCCCUAGAAGAGAUGAAAGAAAUCCAAUGGUGUACGGAGUGUUCACCACCACCAGUUCUAUCUUUAGAGGAUCAGCAGUUUGUGUCUAUAACAUGGAAGACAUCCGUGCGGUGUUUAAUGGACCAUAUGCUCAUAAAGAGGGACCAGACCAUCGCUGGGUGGAAUAUGAAGGCAGAAUCCCCUACCCACGACCAGGCACUUGCCCCAGUCGGACAUAUGAUCCUCAUAUAAAAACGACUAAAGACUUUCCAGAUGAAGUCAUCAGUUUUAUACGGCUGCACCCGCUAAUGUACAAUUUUGUGCACCCAAUGACGGGCCGACCAAUUUUCACUCGUAUCAAUACAGAGUACCGGCUCACUCAGAUUGUAGUGGACCAUGUGGCAGCUGAAGAUGGACAGUAUGCUGUUAUGUUCUUGGGCACAGAUAUGGGAUCAGUUUUGAAGGUUGUCAGCAUCACUCAAGAAAACUGGUACACAGAGGAGAUCAUCUUAGAGGAGCUUCAGGUGUUCAAGAGUCCCUCACCAAUCCUCAACAUGGAAAUCUCCUCAAAGCAGCAGCAGCUGUUUGUUGGAGGAAGCGACGGGUUGGUGCAGGUGUCCCUACACAGGUGCCAUAUUUAUGGGCAGGGCUGUGCAGAAUGCUGCCUGGCUAGAGACCCCUACUGUGCUUGGGAUGGCACCCAGUGUUCCAGAUACAUUCCAGCUUCCAAGAGGAGGGCCAGAAGGCAAGAUAUCAAGCAUGGAGACCCAUCCAGCCAUUGUUGGGACACAGAGGAUGUGUUAGGGUGGAAUGUCGAGGAGAAGGUGUUGUAUGGAGUAGAGAGUAACUCCUCUUUUCUUGAGUGUGUUUCACAAUCCCAGCAGGCCUUGGUCCGCUGGUUCGUACUGAAGCCAGGAGCGGACCACCGUCAAGAGAUCAAACCAGACGAGCGUGUGCUAAUAACCGAGCGAGGUUUGCUGAUUCGUUGGCUCCAGCGUAGCGAUGCAGGUUCGUACUUCUGCACUUCCCAGGAGCACAGUUUCACCCGUACCCUCCUCCACCUCUCUCUUCACAUCCUGGACCGUGGACAGAUCCACGCACACCAACCUGCUAUACGGGAACCAUCAGAAAAUCCAUCCAUGACUGAACCCCGCCAGCACUAUAAGGACUACUUGCGCAUGUUGAGCGGCCCCGUGCGCUCUCUGGAUGAGUACUGCGAAACGCUCUGGCACAAAGAGAAGAAGCAAAAACAGAAGGGGAAAUGGAAGCAUGUUCAAGAGCUCCGCAAGAGCAGGAACCGACGCCACCACUAGAGGCGCCAGUGAGGCCUGGAUUCCAGUGUGAGGUCAGGGCUCCUCUCUCAUCAGGAUUUCUCAUCUCCUCCAUCAUUUGGUCAAUAGAGCAUGCAGUGCCCUGCUGAGGAAGUCAAGGUCAGUAGGUCACAAUCGCACACACAAAUCCACAAGUACAAACUCUUUACACAACAGUUAAAUCUUUUAUAAGCCAAGUUAAUAAUCAUUUUACACAAGCAAACAAGUCCUAAAUGAACCACCUCAUGCCAGAAAACCGACACGGGAUCCGUCUUUACUCUGGGAUCAACAACAAGGCCUUUCUGUCUGAUUCGGGGCACAGUCACAGACAGCAGUGAUGACCACAUGUGGAGUGCAAUGAAGGGGAAAUUACUGUUUCUGGACUCAUUUAUCAGUGGUAAAGUCUUGAGUAAUGCCGUUCUCUCUUCCUGUACCUCCUGCUAUGGCCAAGACAAGCAGAAAGUGAUCUUUUCUCUCCAGAAAGCCCUCCUGUAGUGGUAAUCACUGGAGCUCUUUAACCAUACAAGAGCAUGUAUUAACAGAGAUGUUCUGCUUCGAGCUGAGGCAGGUCAAAGGUGGAGCGGGUUGAUGGAACGAGAGAGAAACAGACAGAAAGAGCAUGAGAGGUUCAAAUCAGAUAGAUUAGGCUCAGCUGGGUGUUGUCCAUAUGAAUGAGCAUCUUUGCUAAUAAACGUAUGUUUAAAUACUUCUUAUGAGUUUGGGGAAAUUACGAUACUUGUACAUUUUGGU